AUGGCGGUUUAUGUAAUAGGAGGAGAGGCUGCUGCUGUUGGCAGGGGCAGAGCAGGAGCUGGAGCUGCUCUAAAAGCUUGAAUCAGUGGCCCUGCCAACACUAGAGCCAAGGCUAAGAUCCAGGCCAAGGCAGUGGCUGAGGCAGAACUGAAAACAGGACCAGUGACCCAGGCCAAGGCUGGGGAUGGAGCAGUGGCCAACACAGUGACCUACACUGAGACCGUGGCUAUGACAAGGAAUGUGGGCAAGAUGGAAGCUAUGACAGAUAGAGUCAUAUCUGAGACUAAGGCAAAAUCCAUGGCAGAACCUGGUACAGUGCCCCAAACCAAGUCAAAGGUGAUGCCUAUGGCCAGGGUCAGUGCAGUGACCAAGUAUGAAGUCAAGGCUCGUGCUGGAAGUGAAGCCAAUAUCAGGUCCUUUGCCAAGGCUGAUGAUAAAGCUGAUAUUGAGUCCAGGCCCCAGAGAAAGAGAGAGGAUGGCAUCAAAUUCAGGGCUGGGGCUGAGGACAGAGCUGGUAUUGUAACCGAGUCCAUUGAUAAGGAUGAAGAAAAUGUCUGCUCCUGGUUCUGGACUGGAGAAGAACCUAGUGUAGGAUCCUGGUUCUGGCCUGAAGAGGAGACCCCUUCUCAAGUUUAUAAGCCUCCACCUAAGAUCCAGGAAAAGGCCAAGCCCAUUCCCAAACCAGAACUCACUAUAAAACAAAAAGCAGCAGCAUGGUCAAGAGCCAGGUAUAGUGUCCUAGUCCCAAUAGAAGGAGGGGAGCCAUCCUUGCCUCCAGAAGGGAAUUGGACUCUGGUUGAGACCUUGAUUGAAACUCCCCUGGGGAUUCGGCCUCUGACCAAGAUCCCACCCUAUAAUGGGCCUUACUUCCAAACCUUAGCUGAGAUCAAAAAACAGGUGAAGUAUAGGGAAAAGUAUGGGCCCAAUCCAAGAGCCUGCCGCUGUAAAUCACGUGACUUUAGUUUAGAGCCUAAAGAAUUUGAUAAACUCGUUGCCCUACUUAAGUUAACUAAGGAUCCUUUUAUUCAUGAAAUAGCUACUAUGAUAAUGGGCAUCAGUCCGGCUUAUCCAUUUACCCAAGAUAUAAUUCAUGAUGUAGGUAUUACUGUUAUGAUUGAAAACUUGGUCAAUAAUCCCAAUGUUACAGAACACCCUAGAGCUUUAAAUAUGGUAGAUGACAACUCUGAGUCUUCUGAAGAACCAAAACCAGCAGAAUCGUACAUACGUCAAGUUUGUAAGGACAUAAUCUCUUACCCAUUGAACUCCCCCGUGCAACUGGCUGGACUAAAAUUAUUAGUGCACCUAAGUGUGAAAUUUGAGGAUCACCAUAUAAUUGCUAAUUACAUUCCAGAUUUUCUUACCUUGUUAAACAAGGGAAGUGUCAAAACCAAGUUUUAUGUUUUAAAAGUGUUCUUGCGCUUGUCCAAAAAUCAGGCCAAUACGAGAGAACUGAUUAGUGCCAAAGUACUAUCCUCACUGGUUGCACCCUUUAACAAGAAUGAGUCAAAGGCCAAUAUUCUUAAUAUCAUUGAAAUAUUUGAGAAUAUAAAUUUCCAAUUCAAAAAGAAGGUGAAACUGUUUACCAAGGAAGAGUUCACUAAAUCUGAGCUUAUUUCCAUAUUCCAGGAAGCAAAAGAGUUUGGUCAGAAACUCCAAGACUUAGCAGAUCACAGUGAUCCUGAGUUUACGGAGCUGAAGCCCCAUGUGGUCUAUACCUCUUCAGGUCCUCCUGUUUAUACUUAA